AUGGCAAAUUUAUUGCAAACACCUGUAUCGCAGCUCAUAAAACGCGGUGUUGGAAUCGGAGAAGUGCAGGAGGGCCGAAAAACAAAGGAUGAAUACAGAAAACAAAAGGAUUUGGAAGAGGAACGAAAAUUGGGAAUUGCUCCAGCUAUGGUUGAUGUUGUUACUGGGAGGGACAUCAAUCCACACAUUCCUGAAUUCAUUGCAAAAAAUCCUUGGUACGUGCCUUCCGAGGGGCCAACAUUGCAGCAUCAAAGGCCUCAUGAAGAAAGGCAAAUAAAAUUAUCAGCGAUUGAUGAAUGGUAUAAGCGAGGAGCUACCAAUAAAGUCGCUUCAAAAUACAGAAAAGGAGCAUGUGAAAACUGUGGAGCUAUGACGCAUUCAAAAAAGGAUUGCUUCGAGAGGCCUCGUAAAUUAGGUGCUCGUUGGACAGAAGACGAUAUUGCGCCUGAUGAGUAUAUACAGCCAAAGUUGACUCUGGCUUGGGAUGCGAAACGUGAUCGCUGGAAUGGUUAUGAUCCAGAAUCACACCGACAAGUCGUUGAGGAAUAUGAAAAACUCGAACAAGCGCGAAAAAUGUUGCGAGAAGAAAGGAUGAAGGAAGGUCUUGUGAAUGAAGGAGCGAAGGAAACAAACGCAUCUGACCAACCGGCUGAUGAAGAUAUGUACGCUGAUGAUGCAGACAUGGCAGGAGUGACAGUUGAUAUGGAUUCUCGUACUCGUAUUACUGUUAGAAAUCUUCGAAUAAGAGAAGAUACUGCAAAAUAUUUAUAUAACUUGGAUCCAAAUGGACCAUAUUAUGAUCCAAAAUCCCGUUCUAUGCGAGAAAAUCCUUUUGCUAACAUUCCGGGCAAAGAGAAGGAGGCUGCCAAAUUUUCAGGCGAAAAUUUUAUCCGGUAUACAGGGGAAGUAGUGCAGGCCAAUGAAGCGCAGGUUUUUGCAUGGCAAGCUAGAUGCAAAGGGAUUGAUGUUCAUGCGCUUGCUGAGCCCACAAAAUUAGAAGCACUGAAAAAAGAAUUUGAGGGACAAAAGUCUCAGGCUGAAGAAGAACAUAAAAGAAAACUUCUUGAAAAAUACGGUGGUGAGGAAUAUUUAAAAGCGCCUGCUAAAGAACUUCUCCUUGCUCAAAGUGAGCAUUACGUUGAAUAUAGCAGGACGGGCAAAGUUGUUAAAGGAGAGGAAAGACCAACAAUUAGAAGUCGGUAUGAGGAAGACAAAUAUAUAAAUAAUCAUACUUCGGUUUGGGGCUCUUAUUGGGAAGCAAAUAGAUGGGGUUAUAGUUGUUGUCACUCUUUUUUCAAAAAUUCCUAUUGCACUGGUCCUUCUGUGAGUGAUAUCAAAAAAGAAUCUUCGAUAUCCCCUUUUCCGAAUCACUCUUCGCCACCUUUAACAGGUCCUCAAAAUGCAUCAAAAGGGGUUAAGGAGGAAAUCAAGAAUGCAGCGUCUUCAUCAUCGUCAAGUUCAGAUUCAGAAUCUGAAUCCAAUUCCGAUUCCGAUUCAGAACAACUUGAUUCUGAAGAAGAAAGGCAAAGGGAACAUGAGCGUGAAAAAGAAUUAGAGAGAAGAAUGCGAGAGGAGAAACGGAAAGAAAGUAGACGGUUGAAAAGAAAGAGGCAAAAAGAGCGAAAAGGCAAAGAGGAAAAAAAAACAAGAAGCAAUAGAUCUAAUAUGAAAGGUCAUAAUGUUAAAUCUUCUGUUAGCUCGGAUGAAGAAGCAUCUUCAGAUCUAAAGCAAGCUAUAAAGAGAGCUGAAAAACAGUGGCUUAAGGCUGAUGAAGAACUGAAGCAGGGCGAUCGUAAACGUCGCUAUCAUUCGACAUAUGAGGUAUCAGCACCAUCUGAGGCAGAUAUUGAAGCUUAUAAAUUGACAACUAUACAUUCUGCUGAUCCAAUGGCCGCAUACAUGUUAGAAAAACGCAGAAAAAAAUAA